AGCCUGCUGUGAGCAUGCCAACACGGGCACAGAUGGCAAUCUCCAAAACCGAGUUGAAUGUCGACGCGGCUGGGCUAGCAGUUACUUCUUUCACUUGGGAAGCGUUGACAUUGUAGUUCGCGUGCUUGAUGAGACUCGUGAAGAUACGCGCUGAAACAUACAAGCAGUGAUCAUUCUGUUAGAGACUCAUCGUCAACCCUGAUAGCCGUUCGGUGAGGAGUGGCGCAUUACAGAACGAACCGAAAAAACACUUAAAGAAACAAUGUUCAAGCAACGACGUUUUCCCUCAACGUGCGCGAAAGCUACGGUAUAACCGCGAUUUUAUCGAAAUGCUCUCAUCGGAGUGUGGAAGCCCUUGGAGUGCUGAAUGAUGACGUCGGCAGCUGUCGGUAAUACGGAGAAAGAGAAUGACAAGGAGCUGUCGCCGUUGCUGGCUGACCAGCCGACGUUCUCCGGGCGGACUGCUGCCUACGGCUCGCGACAGGAGCGACACAGUGACGACUCCGACGACGCCAUUCGCUACUUCGUCAGACUCGACGAAAGCCGCCUGGGAUCUCGGUUGAAGAGAACUGUGGUGCAGAUUAAAAGACAGUCGUGGUGCGUCCCGUACUUGAUCGGGACGUUUUGGUUUUCUGCGCUCUUAGCUGUGCCGAUCACGUUCUUCCCUAAAGUGGCAUCCGAGAAAGGACUACCACCGUGGGAAUUUGGACUUGCGUUUUCAGUACGCAAAGUAUUUGGUAUGCUCGCACCGGCUGCAUCAUUAGCUAUGAUAUCCUAUCUGUCCCCAAAAUGGGGCAUUGUGAUAAGCCAGACAGUGUUUGGAGUCCAAGGAAUCUUAUUUGGGUUAUCCUGCUUGCUGAUUGACAAGGUCGUCUACCUAGGAGUCUCGUUUGUCGGUUUUAUCAUCAUGGAGUUCUUCAUGAUCUGCAUGAGCAUAUGCAUGGAGACAAUCCUUGCCUCCACUCUAGAACAAGACGGAAACCUCUUCUUGGGUGCUGAGCGAAGCCUCUCGGAAUUAGGAAUGAUGCUGGGAUCAGUUGGAGCCGGAGCCCUUGUAGACGUAUCGGGAGACUCGGUGCCUUACUACGUCUUCGGUGGUGCAUUGCUGGCCGUCACGCUUCUUGUCGUCAGGAGCCGUCACGAAACAAGAGACAGCAGCAAUACUCAAUCAUCGAUAAGCGAUGCUGACGGGAACCCCGAUCCGAAUGAACAAAAUCCGGCCCGAAAGACCCUCUGGGCUCUACUGCUGAACCCUUGCUUCAUGGUGGACGUCUUCAGUCGAGCCUUGUGUUGGGUUACUGCGGCUUUCAAUUAUGCAACUCUCGAGCCACACAUAGCACAGUUGCAAGAAUCGAAUGCAUCGAUCGGUGCCGCUUUCAUGGUGAACUACUUCGCUUCCGUCAUCGCAUACGCCACCAUGUGCUCCUCAUAUUCACGGAAGUUUGAAAAUUUCUUGAUUUUCGUUGGGUCUGUACUCAUGGCAACCUCUUAUCUCAUUAUCGGACCAGCACCCUUCAUACCAGUGGAAACGAGCUUCGCUCUCAUAUGCGUGUCACAAGCUCUGCGAGGAUUUGGCGCUGGCUUCAUCAUCAUCUGCGCCUACAGCAAUGCCAUGCGCGUCGCUGUGUAA